AUGCAGCAGCCGGCUACCAACAUCGCUCCCCACACCCAACACCCACCACCUUCUUUGGCCCGUGCUGCAGGGGCUAGAUCUAGAGCUACAUGUUCUCUCCCCGGACACCUCCUCUUGCAAUCUAGCCAUCCGUCUCGGCCCCGCCAUGUGGAGGCUCUCGCCGGCCCUGCCACUUGCUCCCAUGGAAUCUCCAAUGGCAACGUCGGCCAAGAUAUACAACUAAGGACGGACAAGUUCUUUGAACUGGAGAUGACCGUCCAUGACAGCGAACUGGACCAGUAUGGAGUCGUUCACAAUGCCAUGUAUGUUGUUUACAUCCACAAAGCUCGAGAGGAGAUGGCUGCGAGCAUUGGCUUCAGCAUGACCUCCAUAGCAAGCAGCGGCAACGCGAUGGCAGUCUUGGAACUGAACCUCAAGUACUUCAAGCCUCUACUACGAGGUGCCAAGUUCGUUGUCAAGGUGAGGCUCGUCCAGAUAAAGGGCACACGGAUACUCGUCGAUCACAUCAUCGAGACGCUGCCAAACCGUGAGCUUGUUUUGGAAGCGACGGCGACCGUCGUCUGCCUCAACAAGGACUACCGUCCCACCCGCGUCUUCCCGGAGAUGUCGUUCAAGCUGCGGCGCUUCUUCUCGUCCCAGGACGACGAGGGUGGAGACCAGCUUACAAGUUAUAAAGUGUUGUCGUAA